CUGACACUCGCACCCGCUCCCUGCCAGGCAGGUCUCCACACGCACCCGGCUCUUUCCAUUGUAGUCUGGAUUGGCUAGCCGUCCUAACUGGGCAUCUGCAGUUCCAGUGCGCUGUUCCCAGCCGCCCCACCCCAGAGGCGGACGCAUCUCAGCUCCAGGUCUGUCCCAGCUGGAUGCCCCAGCCAUGGGCAGAGCCCUGCUUCCACAGCAGGAUGCCGGAGAAUGGGAGCUCCCGGCUCAGGGCCCCCCCUGGAGAGAAGGGCGUCCUGCCCUCCAUAUGGCCACGCUGAGGGUCCUGAUCCUCGCCCUGCUCUGGAGGGGGUCCCUGUCCUUGGAGUCUGGUUAUUCCCUGGGGCUGCCGCAGUCGGUGUCGGUGCAGGAGGGUCUCUGCGUUCUCGUCCCCUGCACCUUCGCGUACCCAGCCUCGUACGACACCGACAAUCCCCGGGCCCGGCUCUACGGACACUGGUACAAGGAGCCCGCAACUGCGGGCCAGGAUCCACCCGUGGCCAGCACUAACCUCAACGAGAGCGUGUCUCAAGAGACCCAGGGCCGGUUCCGGCUGGUGGGGGAUCUGGCACGUGGCGACUGCUCCCUGCAAAUCAAUGACGCCCGAUGGAUGGAUGCAGGGAGAUAUUUCCUUAGAGUUGAGAAAGGAAACUUUAAAUACAGUUACGUCUCCAAUGACAAUCGCGCUCACCCUACGCUCGCGAUCUCUGUUCCAGGGCUGACGGAGGAGCCAGAGAUCCAGAUCUCGCCGGCGCGGGGGCUGCCAGGGACGCUGCUGGCCGGGGAGCCGGUGACUGUGACCUGCACGGCCCCCGGGCGCUGCUCCGGGCCCCCUCCCCGAGUCACCUGGACGGGGCCGUUCAGCAACACAGCCCAGGACGACUCAGCCCUGCUGGCGAACGGCAUCUGGGCCCGCAGCUCCACGCUGCGCUUCACACCCGGCCUAGGGGACCACGGCAAAGAGCUCGUCUGCACACUCACCUACCACCCACCAUGGGGACCUUCCACCCGCAGAACCAUCCGGCUACACAUCGGCUACCUGCCCGGCCCCCUCAGCAUCACUGGGACCCUGACCAGGAACGGACGCCCCGUGCCAGAUGCCUGGGGAGCUGAGGGCGACGUCCUGUCUCUGGAGACCCAGGAGGGCGACUCCCUGAGCCUGGACUGUGAGGCUGGGGGCAGACCCGAGGCCACCCUGAGCUGGGCCAAGGGGAACGAGUCCCUGAGCCCCGGCCAGGGAGGGGCCGGGCGCCUGGAGCUGCCGAAUCUCAGCAGAGGGGACGCUGGGGAGUAUCGGUGCUGGGCGAAGAAUCCCUUUGGGUCGGCCAGCCGGGCCCUGUGUGUGCACGUGCAGUCUCCAGUGGGGAAUCUGCAAAUCACCGUCUCCAGAGCCAACAGGAGCGACCCCCAGCUGUUCCAAGAUCCCGGCACCCCGGUGGGGAACGGCUCACAACUCACAGCCCGGGAGGGCGACUCCCUGCGGUUCCUCUGCUCCGUCGCCAGCACCCCCCCGGCUGUGCUGGGCUGGGUGAGGGGGGGCCGAGCCGUCGAGGGCGCCCGCCCCACGGGGGAGAAUCAGCUGCAGCUGGAACUGCCCAACGUGACGGCCGAGGACGGGGGGCUGUACGGGUGCUGGGCCCGGAACGAGGAGAGCUCUGCCCAGGGGACGUUCCAGCUGCUCGUCGAGUACAGCCCCCGGCCGGGGACCGGGCUGAACGCGUCCUGCCAGCGCCAGGGGCCCGGCGUCAGCUGCAGCUGCUCCCUGCGCUCCCACCCCCCGCCCCGGCUUCAGUGGCAGGUGGACGGGGAGCCCCUGGCUGGGAAUGGAUCGCGGGGGGCCCUGCAGGUCAGCUCGUGGGCCCAGGGGGACGAGGCCGUCAGCACCCUGAGCUGGACGGGGAGCGGGGACAGGGGCCCCCGGAUCUUCUGCCUCGGCUCCAACCCCCACGGGACCUACGCCGCCCUGCACUUUGAACUCAGCCCCCCGCAGAGAGGUGCGGAGGAGCCUGGCAAGCUGCUGGGCAUCGGGGUGGCCUGUGGGCUGGGGGUCGCCGUCGGCAUCUUCCUUCUCGGGCUCUGUGUGAUCAAGCUGCGGGGCCAGGGGCUGGUGGCCCCCAGCGAGGCCGGGGAGGCAGCUAAUGGGAGCCUGGCCAAGCACAAGGCAGAUGAUGCCAGCCGGAUCUAUGGUAACGUCACCACCAUCCCCAUGGAUCACAACACUCCAGCCGCCGGCCGGACCAAAGGCGUCCAGGACGGGGCUGCAGCAGCUCAGGGCCCGCUAGGCCCCGGGGAGCCGGAGGAGCUGCACUACGCCUCCAUCGACUUCUCCAAGCUGCAGCGCAAAGGGGGGGAGCCUCCGGAAGCCCCCGCCACGGAAUAUUCCGAGAUCCGAUUGAAAUAGCCCCCUCGCGCCAUGGGCCCAGGCUGGGCGUCUCCGGCCUGUCCAGUGCGGGGGCAGUCACAACAAGGAGGGAAGGGGUCAGCCCAGGGCUGGACCCUGGACAUGGGAAACCUGUGUCCAAAUCCCUGCUCCUCCUGCUCCCUGCUCCGGACUCAGAGUGGAGUCAACUAGGCCUUCGAGAUGCUGGAGCGCUGCAUUGUGGGGAGGUAUCCCAGAGUCCUCUGCAGCCGGGUCCCAAAGCCUGCCCCCUCCCAAACCCCACUGCCCCAGGGGGAAAGAGAGCCGCUCACCUCACAGCCAUAGAGCAUCUCUCUUCUACCCUGCCUGAGCCCCCACCAACUCGUUUCACAGAUGGAGAGCAUUUUCCAUCUCAGGGGCAGCAGCUGGCAAGAGUGGAGGGACGGGCUUGUGUCUAAGGUGCUGGCCUGGUACUCAAGUUUCAGGGGUUCUCGUCCCUGCUCCACUGAAAAUGCUGUGGGUGAGGUUGGGCCAGUUGCUGCAUCUGUCUGGCCUCAGUUUCCUCACUUUGAAAAUUGGGAUAAUAAUGGUGUCCUGGGCUCGUUAUGUUCUAAACCCCUCGGGGCAGGGACUGUGUGUCUGGGCAGCCCCUGGCACAAUGGGCCCUGAUCUCUGUCUAGGUCAAUCAGUGCCAUGUGAUUAUAAAUUCUUAAUAACGAUGCUCUAUUCAAGGUAACAUGUUCACUCCAAAGCCAAAAGCAUCUGACUGUAAAAUUCCCGCUUUACAAGCUGUUCCUUGAAAUAGAUUUUCAUGUGUCUUUUUUGUCCCUGCUACUUUUUUAACAAAGGGCCAAUAACAACUAUGACUUAAUUGUGUGCAGUGAAGAAUCAGUUUUCACUUCUGCCUUUCCCCUGGGAAGGCCCCGAUCGCGGUUGGUUUCUGGGCAGGUGUCAAGGUUCCUUCCCCACUCUGAACUCUAGGGUACAGAUGUGGGGACCUGCAUGAAAAACUCCUAAGCUUAUUUUUACCAGCUCAGGUUAAAAUUUCCCCAAGGUACAAACUAUUUUACCUUUUGCCCUUGGACUUUCGCUGCCACCACCAAACGUCUAACAGGGAUAUAAUUGGGAAAGAGCCCAUUUGGAAAUGUCUUUCCCCGCAAAAUCCUCCCAAAUCUUACACCCCUUUUCUUGGGGAAGGUUUGAUAAAAAUCCUCACCAAUUUGCAUAGGUGAACACAGACCAAACCCUUGGAUCUUAAGAACAAUGAAAAACAAUCAGGUUCUUAAAAAGAAUUUUAAUAGAAGAAAAAGUAAAAAGAAUUACCUCUGUAAAAUCAGGAUGGUAAAUACCUUACAGGGUAAUCAGAUUCAAAACAGAGAGAAUCCCUCUAGGCAAAACCUUAAAUUACAAAAAGACACAAAAACAGGAAUAUCCAUUCCAUUCAGCACAGCUUAUUUUAUCAGCUAUUUAAAGGAAUCAGAAUCGAACGCAUCUCGAGCUAGAUUACUGACUAAGUUCUCAGACUCCAUUCCUGUUCUUUCCCCGGCAAAAGCAUCCCACAGACCGAGAGAGAGAGGCUUUGUUUCUCCCUCCCCCCAGCUUUUGAAAGUAUCUUGUCUCCUCAUUGGUCAUUGUGGUCAGGGGCCAGCGAGGUUACCCUAGCUUCUUAACCCUUUACAGGUGAGAGGAUUUUUCCUCUGGCCAGGAGGGAUUUUAAAGGUGUUUACCCUUCCCUUUAUAUUUAUGACAGCAGGGCUGGGCAUAACACAGCCCUGAUCUCAGCUAGGACAGGGACUAGCUCUCGCUGUAUGUGUGGGCAGUGCCUGGCACACGGGGCCCUGAUCUCAGUUGGGCAGGGCCCGUCUCUCGCUGUGUCUGGACAGCACCCAGCUGUCAGGGACUCCCAGGGCUCACUCUCGCUCGGCUCUAUAUGGCCCUUGGGAGUGACCCUUCUUCGGCGUGACAGCCUCCUGGGAAGGUUCACUCUCUCUCCGGGGCUAGGCCCUCUGGCCCCAGCACCUCCUGGGACCACACCUCUGAGCUGGCCUGUCUCUGCCUUGGGCCCCCUUAGGGAGUCCCCUCACUCUGCACCCCAGGGUCCUCCACCCCCAGAGGGAGCAACGCCCCCCCCCGAUUGCUACCCUGUGUGACGAAGCAGGACUGUUCUUAAUGUUUCCUCUGAAUAUUGUGGGGGUGCCUCAGUUUCCCCUAUGCAGUUCUUAAGUAUCUAGGGGGUGGGAUAAGGGUGUAUGAUCGUUGCAGAGCCCUAGAGGGCAGGUGUGUGCAGGGGUCUGGACACAGAGAAUGGCCGACACCCUGUUUCCUGGCAACUGAUGGCCUGGCCCAUCCCCCCUGCCAGGUGAGAGCUAAAGGGCUGGAGAACAAAGGAAUCCGGUGACCUCCUGGCCCGGGAAAGGGACAAAGCCCAAAGGAAGAGGGGCUGGAGGGGGUUUCAGUUUGGGGCUGGCUGGAGACAUGGAGUGAAGGGCAGACGUGGUUGUCUGGCUCACUGCCCCCCAAAAUGGACCCGGCUGAGGGGUCCUGUUCUCUGCACCUACAAGCUCUGUUUUAGACCAUGUUCCUGUCAUCUAAUAAACUUUCUGUUUUACUGGC